CCGCAAACCUUAUCCCCAAAACCAAAAAAAAAAAAGUCCUCCCAAGAGCCUCAGGUCCAAUACUUUAUCGGGUUCAAGCCCAUUCGAUAUUCACCCCCUUUCUCUCUUCUUCGUUUCUCUAAACCCAAACCCUAAUUCCAGCCCUAGAUCUUUACCCAUUUUCAGAUUCUUUCCUUUCGCGCACUCCAGAUCCGUCUCGUCUGGGCCUCGUCGGAGCUUCUGGUACGAGUAAGAGCCCUAAUUUUGCUUUUUUUCAGCCAGACUUUAAUUCUCUACCCAAGAUGGAAACCCCUAGUGAAAACAAUGAGCUGGCGCUUGCAGAGGUCAAUUCAGAAACACAGCCGAACAAGCGGAGGAAAAAGAAGUCUAUAGUCUGGGAACAUUUCACAAUUGAAACUGUGGGUGCUGGAUGUAGAAGAGCAUGCUGCAAGCAAUGUAAGCAGUCAUUUGCAUACAGUACAGGUUCAAAAGUAGCAGGUACCAGCCACCUCAAACGGCAUAUUGCCAAGGGAACCUGCACUUUAAUCUUGCGAAACCAGGAGAAAAAUCAAUUAAGUCCAUAUAGUGCACCUUCAAAGAUGGGUGGGGCUGGGAGUGCUUCUGAACCACCGAAGCGACGCUACAGAACCUCCAGCCUGGCCAGUGUUCCCUUUGAUCAGGAUCGUUGCCGUCAUGAGAUAGCUAGGAUGAUAAUAAUGCAUGACUAUCCACUUCACAUGGUUGAACAUCCUGGCUUUGUAGCUUUUGUUCAGAAUCUUCAGCCCCGGUUCGAUAUGGUUAGCUUCAACACUGUCCAAGGGGAUUGUGUGGCCACUUACCUAAGGGAAAAGCAAAGCCUUCUGAAGUUUAUUGAGGGAAUCCCAGGAAGGAUCUGCCUGACACUAGACUUGUGGACUUCAAGGCAAUCGGUAGGUUAUGUGUUUUUGACGGGACACUUUAUUGAUAUGGACUGGAAGCUGCAUAGGCGGAUUCUCAAUGUUGUGAUGGAGCCAUUUACUGAUUCAGAAACAGCCUUCAGUCAUGCUGUAGCAGUUUGCCUUUCUGAUUGGAGUUUGGAGAAUAAGUUAUUUUCUAUCACUUUAAAUCAGCCCGUGAAUGAAAUUGGGAUUGAGUAUCUCAGAGCUCAACUCUCCAUCAAGAACCCACUUCUGCUCAACGGUCAAUUUUUGGUUGGGAACUGCAUUGCUCGUACUUUAAGCAGCAUGGCACUAGAUGUAUUAGGAGCAGGGCGAGAAACUAUCAAGAAAAUACGUGAUAGUGUAAAGUAUGUGAAGACAUCAGAAUCGCACGAAGAAAAAUUUCUCGAGCUCAAGCAACAACUUCAAGUUCCAAGCACAAAGAGCCUAUUUCUUGAUGAUCAAAAUCAGUGGAACACAACAUAUGAAAUGCUGGUAGCGGCAUCUGAGUUAAAGGAAGUGUUUUCUUGCUUGGAUACUUCUGAUCCUGAUUACAAGGAAGCCCCAUCGAUGGAUGAUUGGAAGCAGGUUGAGACCCUCUGCACAUACUUGAAACUUUUCUUUGAUGCAGCUAACUUGCUAACCUCCACCACAACUAUUCCAACCACAAACACAUUCUACCAUGAGACGUGGAAGAUUCAGACUGAGCUGGCACGGGCAGCCACAUGCGAGGAUCCUUUCAUCAGCAAUCUUGCGAAACCAAUGCAAGAAAAAGUUGAUAAAUACUGGAAAGACUGUGGCUUGGUUUUGGCAAUUGCUGUAGCUAUGGAUCCUAGGUUUAAGAUGAAGCUUGUAGAGUUCAGUUUCCCCAAAAUUUAUGGUGAUGAGGCUGCCCCAACAUGCAUCAGGGUUGUUGAUGAGGGACUCCAUGAGCUAUUUCUUGAAUAUGUGGCUCUCCCUCUGCCCCUAACACCGACUUAUGUGGACGAAGGGAACGCUGGAAGCAUGAAGGGGGAGGAUGGAGGCCUUCUCUCAAGCAACGGACUCUCAGAUUUUGAUGUGUACAUCUUGGAGACAAGUAGCCAACAGAUGAAAUCAGAGUUGGAUCAGUACUUGGAAGAGUCGGUGUUGCCUCGGGUACACGAGUUUGAUUUAUUAGGGUGGUGGAAACUAAACAAGCUUAAAUACCCGACUCUUUCAAAGAUGGCUCGUGAUAUAUUGUCAAUUCCUGUAUCUUCAGUUGCUGUGGAGUCGAUAUAUGAUACGGUGGGGAAAGAGAUGGAUGAGUAUCGGAAUUCGUUGCGACCAGAGACAGUGGAAGCCCUGAUUUGUGCAAAAGAUUGGCUUCAGUACGGAUCGUCACCACCGGAAAUUUCAAAUGCUCUUGUGAAAAUGGAAUUUUAGAAUUCUUCCUCCCUCCCUCUCUCCCUCUCUCCUAGGCUUCUUUUCCUCUUUCUCAUGUUGCAUGAUGUCUAUUAUGGUAGGUAGGGUAGGUAAUUUUCUUGUUAUUUUCUCCUUUCUUUCUUUCUAGAAUUAGAAGUUUCCAUUCCUGGACAAACGCAUCAACCUUCAUUGUCUGUACCAUUGUAAGGGAUUUGUUGAGUGGAUGAUGCCUGGACAAAGACUUGUGCUUCUGUAUUAGUGGUUUAAUCUUGAAAGGCCUUUCGACA